GAAGCCCUGCGUGGUUUUGGUAGUCGUCGGCGCGAGAGAGAUGGGAGGGAAAGGAAGGAGAAGAAGAGAGAAAAACUACAAAGCAGCGCACGGAGCGUACAGCCGACUCCCUCCUCCGCCAAAUCUCUCCCAAGUCGACGCUCUCCCCUCCAAACUCCGCAAGCUCAUCUCCUUCACUUCCGCUCUCUCCUCCCCUAAACCCCAUGGGUCUGCUGCCAAGGAUGGUGAUGCUGGUAAAAAAGCCCUUCCAAAGGACGGAUUGAACUCGGGAACUAGUGGGAUCAAAGGUGGUGGUAAGAAUGAUCAUUUGAUGACACCUCAACAUGUAGAUGACAGUGAUGAUAUCGUGCAAAGCAGCACAAAUGAAAAGAGAAAGAAAAAGAGAAAGAGUAAGAAGGUUAAUGACCUUCGGUUUGAAACUCUGGAGAACUUGGACACCAAUCUAAAAAAAGGGGAUCGUAAGAAAAAGUAUUUGGAAGCGAAGAAAAAUAAACAUAAAAAAGCCAAGUUGGAAGCAGAUCUGGACUUUCCUGGACAUGAGGAAAUCAAAUUUGGAGAAGUGGUUAAAGCUCCACCAAAGUUGCUUGCAGUUCCUAAGGCAUUCAAGAAUGCCCCAGAUGCUUCGCAAGAGAGGAUACGGUUGCGGGCAAUCGAGGCAUAUAGGAAUCGCAAAGGAUGGGCAUCGAGGCCAGGGAUUCAACUUCCUCCUCCUGUGACUUCUUCACCAGCAUUUUAGUCGGUCUCAGAUGAUGCUUACCUAUAUAUUGGUAAUCCAUGUCUUUUAUGUUUGCACGAGUUGAGGAUUUCAGGCCUCACUCUCUCUUCAAAUUUUGUAAUGAAUGUAUUAUUUGUAGUAAGACAUUACAGUGGACCUUUCCAAAAGCAAGCUUUCAAGAGUUCAAAAUAGUUCUCACUUAAAAA